GUUGGUUGUCAAAUUGUGUAUUUAAGGUUAUGUUAUUUUGUAAUUUGUAUUCCCUAAAAUGUUUUAUUAAAAAUUAUUAAGAUUUACGGAUAUAAAAAUGAUCAGGGCCGGCUUACAACGUCUCGCUAGUGUAUUCAGUAGUCAAGGUGGAAUCCUCUCUCGAUUUAUAACACACAAUGCGCCAGCCCAGACCCAACCGGCUGCAGACACAACAAAGGACGUAAUAGCAACAUGUAACAAACUAAUUGAAGAAAAAUCUCAUCGCAAUUUCGCCAUAGUGCAUUUACUUGGUAAACAGUGGCGUGUCACAGACGGUGAUUUACUAGUGGUAGAAGGUUAUUGGCCACCAAACAUUGGCGACAAAAUAACAUUGGACAAAGUAUUGCUAGCUGCUUCCAAAGAUUUUUCUUUAAUCGGCCGACCAAUAGUCCAACCAGGCCUUGUAACAGUAACUGCAACAAUUAUAUCAAAGGGCCUUUCACACACAAGAACACAUUUCAAGAAGAAAAGAAGGAAGCAGUUCAUGAGGAUCAAUUUUCAGAGAGCGCAGCAAACUAUUUUGAGAAUUAACUCUGUAGAAAUACAAAAUAAGUUAAAUGAAGCUCCCAAGAAUGUAUUUUAGGUUGUAACUUAGUGCAAGUAGUUUUAAUAAAAUAUCUUAUACAGAAA